UAAAAAAAAAAGCCAAUCCAAAUCCCCCGUAGCUCCCCGACCCGGUCCACCACUGCCCCUUCCCGAAACUUCUUCCGGUGGCCUCGGCCUCGGCCUCUGCCUGGAAUCCUCGAUCCCAUCCCCGCGCUCCUCCUUGCUUGUCCUUGUCCGCUGCUCGUCGCGUUGCGGGGGCUCGCGGCUUGGCAUGUAUCUGCUCGAUCGUCGUCCCCACCGAGACACACUCUCUGUCGGCGCCAUGGCGCAGCUGCUGCUCCGCAAGGUGUGGGGCUCCGUGCUGGCCCGCGCGGGGGCGCCGUCGCCGCGGGGGGACCCGGAACCGUCGUCGGGCUCGAACUCGUCCUCCUCGUCGCGCCGCCGCGCGCCCCGGGCGGCGGAGCACCACUACGCGUCGCUGGGGGCGCUGGACGCCGUGCCGAUCGACGUGCUGGCGCAGAUCCUGCGGCUGCUGGGCCCCGCCGACGCGGCGCGCUCCAGCGCCGUGUGCCGCACCUGGCGCCUCGUCGCCUCCGAGAACGGCCUCUGGGCCUUCUUCCUCAGCCUCGGCCCGGACCCCUGGGACCUCGUCGUCUUCGCCGAGACGCACCUCGCCGCCGGCCCCGCCUCCUCGCCCCCCAGCGUGCACUGCCGCUCAGUCCGCGUCUCGCCGCAACUCUCCUUCAAGCGUAUCUACGGACAGCGAGUGGUGGUUCCGGGCUCUAUCAUUGUCGAUGGUGGAUCCGGUUAUUGCAAGUAUGGUUGGAGCAAGUAUGCUGCUCCAUCUGGGCGUUGUGCAACAUUUUUGGAGUUUGGUAACAUAGAGUCCCCUAUGUAUGCAAGGCUUCGUCACUUCUUCUCUACAAUCUAUACCAGGAUGCAUGUAAAGUCUUCCGCUCGUCCAAUUAUUGUUGUCCUUCCCCUCUGCCACUCUGACGAUACCGAGUCUGCUAGGGCCUCAAGAAAACAAUACAAGGAGACAUUGUACACAGUUUUGUUUGACAUGAAUGUUCCUGCUGUUUGUGCUGUUGAUCAAGCACUUGUAGCUUUGUAUGCUGCUAAACGGACCUCUGGUAUUGUUGUCAACAUUGGAUUCAAUACAACAUCUGUUGUUCCCAUCUUUCAAGGUAGGGUGAUGCAUGAGAUAGGUAUUGAAACUGUGGGGCAAGGUGCCCUCAAACUUACUGGAUUUCUGAAGGAGCUAAUGCAGCAAAGAAAUAUACCUUUUGAGUCACUAUACACUGUUCGGACCAUCAAAGAGAAAAUUUGCUACGUGGCAUCUGAUUACGAAGCUGAACUAUCUAAAGACACACAAGCUUCCUGUGAGGUGGAUGGUGAAGGGUGGUUCACUUUAUCAGAGGAAAGAUUCAAGAUGGCAGAAAUCCUAUUCCAACCCCAGAUAGGAGGAACUCAAGCUAUGGGCUUGCAUAAAGCAGUAGCUCUAUGUAUGGAUCACUGCUACAAUGCAGAGGUGCUCGGUGAUCACAGCUGGUUUAAGACGGUCGUCUUAGCUGGUGGAUCGUCAUGCUUACCUGGUUUGCCAGAGAGGCUGGAGAAAGAGCUCCGCAAACUUCUUCCUGCAUACAUUUCUGAAGGAAUUCGAGUUCUUCCUCCUCCAUUUGGCACUGAUUCCGCCUGGUUUGGUGCAAAGAUGAUCGGCAAUGUGAGCACUUUUGCUGAGGCAUGGUGCGUAAACAAGAAGCAGUUCCGCCAGAAGGCACGUCGCACCGGUGGUCCAUCGUUAGCGAACGCAUGGGUAUAGAAUGUACCAGCUACAGCUAUGAUCCGGAAACAAGGGAAAUAACCGUGAGGUUGUUCACGGCUACUCUUUGUAUCCAAGAUAAGGGCUACACGCCUACACCAGAUAUACAUACAGCGCCUGCCCCUGGUCUAUACAACAGAUACAAAUAUAUAGUGCCAGUCCCUGGUCUAUACAACAGAUAUGGGUAAAUAAUAAAUAUGCAUGAUAGUCGUAGAUUAUGGGUAAAUAGUAAGAUAGGUUUUGUUAUUAACUUAUUAUAGAAUACCACAGAAGGGAACGCAUCGCGCUAUAUAUCACAUCAGAGAUUUUUUUUCAUGGGCUGAAGUUUUGAUGCGUAAUUGUUUGUUGUUUA